AUGCAGGUCCCCGUCCAUCCCUCCUCCUUCGUCCUCGGUCAGCCCAUGUCUCCCAUCUCCUGGCCCCGCAAGCUUCCCAAGCCGACGCACAUCAGCGUGAACACGGCGCGCCGGCCCGCCUCUGCGGACUCAACCUGCACCGUCUCUUCCACCUCGUCCUCCAACUCCCCCACCACCCCGCUCCCCUCCCCCCUCCCUCGCCCCGAGGCCGAUGUUCAGCGCGCGGUCUCGCGCCUGCUCAGCCUCACCAAGCAGCUCCAGGACGUUCUCGCUCUCUGGUCCCACGAAUCUGCCUCGGACUCGGACGUCAGCGACGCGUUCAUGCUCGUCACGAGUCAGUUCGACUCGACGGCGCAUGCGUUCUGGAGGAUGGGUGUCGACAUGAGUGACCUCUUCGACGUGCCCUCUACACUCCGGACCCUACUUGAGGGUCUCCUCGCUGAGGAGCCAUCUCCAACGGUCCUUGCGCGCUACUCUCCCAAGAUCCGCUCCAUGCUCGUCGGUCUCCUCCGCGGUCUCCAGGCAAAGCAGGCGCCGUACUGGGCCGCCGUCGCCCGCGCAAAAGAAAGCGCGCGCUAUUCGAUGGUCGGCAGUUAA